AGGCCGCCGUCGCGCUCACGUGAGCGGCGUCACAUGACGGCGGCGGCAGCGGGGCCGGCGGGUGCGCGCUCUGCCCGGGCUGCCCAGGGCAGCCGUGGCCUCCUCUGCUCUGCUCUCCUUCCCUCCUCCUCUUCAUUCCCUCCCCGCUUCCUUCCCUCCAGCCCCGCACGGCCUCCGCCGCCGGCACACCCCUGCGGUACCCUUUAAUUAUCAGUCAAGAUGGAUAUCAGAGGUGCUGUGGAUGCUGCUGUCCCAACAAACAUCAUUGCUGCCAAAGCUGCUGAGGUUCGGGCAAACAAAGUAAACUGGCAGUCAUAUCUCCAAGGUCAGAUGAUUUCAGGUGAAGACUGUGAAUUUAUUCAGCGCUUUGAACAGAAAAGAAAUCCAGAAGAAAAACAGGAGUUGUUGCAAACAGAAGGCAAUCAAUGUGCUAAAACAUUUAUAAACUUGAUGACUCAUAUCUCCAAGGAACAGACUGUUCAGUACAUUCUGACUAUGGUUGAUGAUAUGCUGCAAGAAAAUCAUCAGCGUGUUUGCAUCUUCUUUGAUUAUGCAAAACGUGGUAAAAACACUGCAUGGUCCUAUUUUCUGCCAAUGUUGAAUCGACAAGAUCUCUUCACUGUGCAUAUGGCAGCAAGAAUUAUUGCCAAACUGGCUGCUUGGGGGAGGGAGCUUAUGGAAGGCAGUGACUUGAAUUACUAUUUCAACUGGAUUAAAACUCAGCUUAGUUCACAGAAACUACGUGGUACAGGGGAUUCAGGAGCAGUCUCCACAAGUGAUAGUUCCCAGUAUGUACAGUGUGUUGCUGGAUGUCUGCAGCUGAUGCUCAGGGUCAAUGAAUACCGCUUUGCAUGGGUAGAAGCAGAUGGAGUGAAUUGCAUCAUGGGUGUCUUGAGCAACAAAUGCGGUUUUCAGCUGCAGUAUCAGAUGAUUUUCUGUGUGUGGCUGCUGGCAUUUAGCCCUCAAAUGUGUGAAUAUCUUCGUCGGUACAAUAUUGUCCCCGUGCUGUCGGAUAUUCUUCAGGAAUCUGUCAAAGAGAAAGUAACCAGGAUCAUCCUCGCCGCAUUUCGGAAUUUGUUAGAGAAGUCUACUGAGAGAGAAACUCGCCAGGAAUAUGCUCUUGCCAUGAUUCAGUGCAAGGUUUUAAAGCAGCUAGAGAAUUUGGAUCAGCAGAAAUAUGAUGAUGAAGACAUCAGUGAAGAUAUCAAAUUUCUACUGGACAAGCUUGGUGAGAGCGUGCAGGACCUUAGCUCCUUUGAUGAAUACAGCUCUGAGCUCAAAUCAGGAAGACUGGAGUGGAGUCCUGUGCACAAAUCUGAGAAGUUUUGGCGGGAGAAUGCUGUAAGACUAAAUGAGAAGAAUUAUGAACUGCUCAAGAUCCUGACAAAACUUCUGGAGGUUUCUGAUGAUCCACAGGUGCUGGCUGUAGCUGCUCAUGAUGUGGGAGAAUAUGUACGCCACUAUCCCCGUGGGAAACGAGUGAUUGAACAGCUUGGUGGUAAGCAGCUGGUCAUGAACCACAUGCAUCACGAAGACCAGCAAGUUCGUUACAAUGCACUGCUGGCUGUGCAGAAGCUGAUGGUUCACAACUGGGAAUACCUUGGGAAGCAGUUGCAGUCAGAACAACCUCAGACGGCCACUGCACGGAGCUAAGCACCUCCAUCAGUGCAUGCAGUUUGUGCUUACAACUACAGUGUGUUUCUCUUUAAAUGAAUACAAAGGAAAUUCUGAAAUCACAUGCUCUUUGUCUUCUACGGGUGCAUAAACAUUCCAACUUUCCUCUAGUGUUGUUGGCUUACUAAAAAUUUGUUUGUUUAACUAGGUCUGCUGAUUAUGCCUGUUAGCUUCUUGUUCUAUUCUGAAUGUAUAUGAAGAAAUGUGGCUAAUAUAUUGCAUUUGUUUUAUGUAUUUAUUCUCAUAAUAAAGACUAUUAUUAAAGGA